AUGGUUGAGUCGGCUGCAGCCAUUCUUCAGCGGCAACGCCAACGCAAGUUUCAUCGGAGGUCAAGAAAUGGAUGUUUUAUAUGUAAAAAGAAACACAUUCGCUGUGAUGAAAGAAAACCAUUAUGCACGUAUUGUCUCCGGCAUGGCGGAGACUGUGGGUACCCGGAUCUCGACUCCGCUAUUACGGAUAUCAGGCGGGGCUCGGUGCACUCAUCAGAAGACCCCCGGGAGGACGAUGAACUUUGUCUCCCCCUGCAGGAUGCUGCACCGAGAGAUACGUUCUUCGGUUCGGGGUUCGACGUACCGCGGAAAUGCAGGCCUCUUUUCCAGCUUUUCAUUACCACAAAAUACUCCUACACAAACCCAGUUCCGAGAGAAUCGAAUUCUUUUGUAUCAUCAGAACCUGACACGCGCUCGUAUAGAGUCCAUCGAGCACUGUCCAAUCCAGGAUUCCUCCAUGGAGCUCUUCUAAUGACGACUUUGCAGUGGGCCUGGUCCACGGGCGAUGAGGAAUCCUUCAGUAUCCCCUAUCUGUAUCACAAACUGCAAGCUAUACGAUAUGUGAAUGAGCAAUUGGCCAAUCCCGGCUCAGUCGUGGACGAUGGGACAAUCGCAGCUGUUGCCAUCCUCGCCAUUGUAGAGAAUGCCUUGGGCUCCAUCGAAGCGACGGCCUCACAUCUGUGUGGGUUGGCCAAGAUAAAAGAAAUCCAAGACAGAAACGAGGCGCCUCUCGGUCUUCUCCAGCGCAUGAUUCUCAUGGCUGCACGUUGUAUUGCUGGUCAGCCUGUCUGGAACAUACUCGACAUUGGCCGCACCGAUUCCGUGCACCAAUCAAUGGUUGUUUCGCUGCUCCGAGUAGCCCUGCGCCCGAUAUAUAGCGUCUUCACGCUCGGUGGCUCUAACGACAACGAUAGUGCCGAGCCUCUGUCGGAAAUACUGGCCAAGAAGUCCCCUCAUCCGCAGGCGGGCGACAGCAACGUCAUUGCGCCUCUGCGGUCAGUGGAUUGUAGCAGAUCGCACUUCAUCUCCUGUCACUUCUAUCUCUACGUAAUCCUGCGCGAGAACACUGUUGACUCCUUCGUGCUCAACUGGUUCAUCGAGCAGCUGCUGGCAGACGUGGAGCGCACCGAAGAGGACAUGUACAAGGAGCAGUAUAGCCAGUCCCUCUGGUUCUGGACCGUCAUGUUCGGUGCGUGUGCCACGACAGCCGCCCGAGCCACGUCGGCGCUGGAGAUUGAGCAGAUGCAGUCCAUGCGGAACGAGUACCUGAGGAAGAUUGACAUUGCGAGCCAGGUGCUGCGAAUCAACACUUGGGAAGGGGCGAAAGCACAACUUCGACUCUUCGCUUGGGAAGACGACUUUAAUGGCGAGUUGGAGCUCAAGGCUCUGUGGGAAGAGGCGUGCAUGGGGCGAUGA